CUUUAUUAUUGAACCAACUUACAAUGAGGCUGUGUGCAAAUUUUAUCAUAUUCCUAUUUUCAUUAGCUUCUGGUUCCUCCGCGACUGGACUAGGGAAGAAUCCUGAGCUUCAAUCUACCUGGCAAUGGAUAGAAUCUGGAGCUGGGCCCUCGGGUACAAAGAGUGAAGUUCCCCAUGGAUCUUAUGAAGUGAUCGAUCUGGGUGGGGAUAACUCCGAUAAGGAAAUAAUUGAUGUGCACUCGGAACCAUCAGAAGAUAGCUCUCUUCAUGAAGUAAUCGAUGUGGAUUCGAUCACAUCAAAACGUACUUCUAAAAGACCCUAUGAACUAAUAGAUUUGGAAUCGGUAACACCAAAAGGAAGUUCCCAAAGUCCUCGGAGUCGUGGAAGAAUCGACUUGAAUUUUGGACCUUCAGACGCGAACGAUGGGCCAGAUUCUGCCGCCGGGAACUCUCUACUAAUGCUGAAAUUGGGCAAUGCAGCGGAAGAAGCUGUGAAGGUAUCGCUUCCGACAGCGAAAACAUUGAACCGGGAAGCAAAUCAGGACAUCAGGUUUGAUUCACCGCAUCGGUUUCCAAGCUCGGCGAGGCCCCAACAUGAAUUCCCAGCAAUGAAAAAUGGACCAGGCGCUUCAAGUGCCAAUGCCCUUCCUGCAGACAACCAUGGAGAGAAAGAAGCCUUAAAAACAUUUGAGACAUUGACUAGUUCCGGGUUGUUUGACUUUCAGAGCCGAUUUUUCAAAAUUAUUGUCUAUUUCAAGAAAGCUGAUGCAGAGGAGAAGGCAUUGAUAAGCGAAUGGUGGACAAAAAUAGAUUCAGAAUUGAAGGGUGAAAGUAGCUUACUUAAUUUUAAGAAACACUAUCGAGCUUCUUCAAGUAAGGGGCAAGGAAGAAGCUUGUUAUACCUGUUUCAACACGCCAAGGAAAUCACGGCAAAGAUCAAGAAUCCCUCUUUAAAAGUAGAAUCUUUGCGACAAACGCUGGAAGGGUUGAUUGCUAGGGCCUCUCAACUCAAGACUAUCCAGGAGGAGAAUAAAUACCUCAUGAAGUUAGAGAAAGAUGAAUACAUAGUUUCCAAUGAAACCUUGCAAAAUAUUUUGAAUGACCCAAAAAAUUUCCUCGAGGGCCAGUGUGGCUUUAUUGAUCAAAUUGCCAAAUUGGAUUCACACUUAACUUAUUUGCAAAGCAGGUUAAAAUACAAGGGACUUCUUUGAGAAACUUGGAUUGUAACAUAUAAUUAUUAGCUUCAAAUUCCCUGUUCACAUGGCCAGUACUGUGUUAUGUUACAAUUCAGCAUUAGGUGGUAUCAAAUAUAGGCAAAUCCACCAUCAUUUAAUUGACUGGUUUUGAAAAAUUCAAGACUUUUCAACAUGCUGAUUCUUCAUCUUGUACGUUUUUUGGGGCC